AUGUUUAAAAAGAAAAUAGAUGACAAUAUUUAAACAGAAUUAAGAUAGAUUUAGGAAUCGCGUUAAAAAUUAAUGAAAUGUGUCCUAAAUACUCGAUAAAGAAAUAUUUCUUUAUAAUUAUAUGGAGAUGAUCUGACGCCUGUCAUAACUAACGAAAAGGUCAAUCGAUAAAAUGAAAAAGAAAAAAAUGGUAAAUCUUACUCCUUACUUCCUAGAAUAAUAGUUAUUAUUAGAUUCCAUUAAAAAAUAAUACACCCAAAGAUCCCCCAUGGGCAAUGCGUACUGCGGUUUAAAAGCCUUAAGGAAGUGUUAACAAAGUAAAUUGUUUAAUAAAUUACUUUGA